AUGGAUUCUAACGCUUGUUGGCAUAUUAUGCCUGAUCCAGUAUUACUUUAUAUAUUUUCGCAUUUGCGUGCCAAAGAUCUGAUUAAUGCUAGAGGGACGUGUAAAAAUUGGCUAAGAUUAGCUAGUGAUGAAUUUAUUUGGAAACGUCUUUUUCACAUUGAUUUUAAGAUUGAUAAUAGCAUACCAAUAGCUCCUGGAAAAAAUUCAUGGUUUAAUGAAUAUAAAAGAUUGAAAUAUCAUACACCAACUCAGCAGACUGAAGUUUUAGUUGAGCACACACAUCAAGUUCUUCAUGUCAGCUUUGCUCAUAAUGGCGAAAUGUUUGCUAGUAGCUCAAAAGAUGGAUAUAUUAAAGUUUGGAAAGCAACCUAUCCUGCUGAAGUUUGUUACAGCACUGAUAUGAAAUCAUUUAGCUGGAAUUAUACUCAAUAUUCUCAGUUUAAUGAGACAGAUACUCUUCUUCUUGUCUCCGGAGUACAUUUUGGGGCUCAUACAGCUUCUGGAGAAAUAGCUGUUUUUAACCUUCAAGGCAAUUUUACCCUUCAAUGUCGUGUCCUCAACAAACCAUAUGAUAUAUUUGGAACAUGGUAUACGGAUGAAUAUUUACUUUCUGGCAGACUUCACUUCUUAGGACAUUUACUAUCAUGCUCAGCAUUAUGGUUAAAUAAAGCUUGGCAGGAAUCAGAAUCGGAAAAGAAGCCCAUUGUCAAACGUCUCUUCAAAUUUUAUAAUCGAAAAGCUAGUUCUAUACGUACCAUUACUGUCGCAAACUGCUGUGCAGAUCCCAGAGUGGAUUUGACUAAAGAUCCACAAACUUCACAGUCAAGCUCCGAAAUGAUGGUUCAUGGUAAUCCUGUGUCAAAAGAAACUUUACUAGCCGUGCCAUCUAGAAGAAGUCGUACCUUUGAGUUGGCUGCCGGUUCUUUCCCCCAGGAAAUAAAAUUGGAUUUCACUGCCGAAAGUAAAGAAGCAUGCACCAUGGACAGUCCUAUUCGAUACAGCCAAGAAUAUCGGCAUGCAGAAAGUGCAGAGAUUGCAUCAGAAUCAAGCGAAGAUGAAGAAAACACUAGUUCAGAUUUUGAUGAUCCAUUGUUGCCAUGGGAUGCAGAGUGGAGUGGAUUAAAUGAUGAGCAUGGCCACAUUAGUUUGAACAGACGUUCUCGGAAGUGUAAAUUAAAAAAGAUAAAGGAUGAAAAUUCUCCCCCAACACCUUACACCAAUGAAGAGGAAGACAGCGACAGAGAAACAGCCGAUAGUUUAGAAGAAGAUGUCAGCAUUGAAAAAAUUUUAGACCACCGAGAAAAAUUUCUUAUAUUUACCACUGGCUCUCUGACUUACACCCCACAUCAAAUUGGUAUCAAAAGAAUCAAACCCUUCAAAUUUGCAGAAAGAGUGACAGAAACACCGAACUUGGCACAGAGAAUUGCAGAAAGGCAGGAAAGGAAUCAAGCUCCUUCAGUAUCUCCCAACUGGCAUGAUGAACAAAAUGUGAUGCAUUAUUUUGACAAAAUUGAUCAUAUUAUAGACUUGCAUGGUCACAUCAUUGGAAUGGGACUGUCUCCAGAUCACAGAUAUUUAUACGUGAACAGUAGACCUUGGCCUCAAGAUUAUGUUAUUGAAAAUCCUUUGAGUCCUCCUCCCAUAGCCCAAGAGAUAGACAUCCAUGUUAUUGAUCUUUACACGUUAAAAGAAGUUGGGACAAUGCUGCGAUCUCAUAAAGCUUAUACUCCAAAUGAUGAAUGCUUCUUUAUAUUUUUAGAUGUUAGUGACCAAUAUGUUGCCAGUGGAGCUGAAGACAAACAUGGAUAUUUAUGGGACCGACACUACGGUAACUGCCUUGCAAAGCUACCUCACUUUGAUGUGGUCAAUUCCGUGGCUUUCAACCCGAAGGACCCAGAAAUGCUGGUCACUGCAAGUGAUGACUUCACUCUCAAAGUAUGGAGGUCGAAAAACAGGGUAAAAGAACUGAACAUCUCCAUGGAUCAUGAAAUGGAGUGGGAUUUCGUCAAUGAACUAAAUGCUAGAAACUGA